GCCCGCCACCUGCAAUCCUAGUCCUCGCGCAGCCCGCGCUCCUCCCCCCGCUCCCCCGUUACGCCUCUGGCUCAGCGUUCCUUUGGACGUGAUCCUUCCCGGAGAGACCACGCUUUCGCUACUGCUCUCCAACGGCUCCGCCUUCCCGCCGGAGCCUGACCCUUCCCAGCGUGCCCGGCGAUUCCGGCGUGCGAGGCCCUAGGAGGGCAAGGCCCCGGGGCCUGGAGAGGGGCGCGAGGGGCAGGCUAGGAGUUGUAGUUCCUGAGCGUACAAAGGCGUUUGAAAGCGGGCCGUGAGCAGGACUCGUUCUCCCAGCGUGCUCUGCGCCUCAGCCCGCGCGCUCGCAGCUUCUCGCUCUUGCCACCCGCCUGCCCGCCCGCUCCCUUGCUUGCUGGAGCUUUCGCUCGCGCUCUCCUCGCGGAUCGAGGGGCCUCUGGGCACAGUGUGCGGCUGGGAAGGGAAACGGAGUCGGCGGCUCAGGGAAAACGAAGCUGCGGCGGUGUUGGUGGGAAGAUGUCGGGCGAGGACGAGCAGCAGGAGCAAACUAUCGCCGAAGACCUGGUCGUGACCAAGUAUAAGAUGGGGGGCGACAUCGCCAACCGAGUACUUCGCGCCUUGGUGGAAGCAUCCAGCUCAGGUGUGUCGGUAUUGAGCCUGUGUGAGAAAGGUGAUGCCAUGAUUAUGGAAGAGACAGGAAAAAUCUUCAAGAAAGAAAAGGAAAUGAAGAAAGGUAUUGCCUUUCCUACCAGCAUUUCGGUAAAUAACUGUGUAUGUCACUUCUCCCCUUUGAAGAGUGACCAGGACUAUAUUCUCAAGGAAGGUGACUUGGUAAAAAUCGACCUUGGGGUCCACGUGGAUGGCUUCAUUGCUAACGUGGCUCACACUUUUGUCAUUGGUGUGCCUCAGGGGACCCAGGUAACAGGGAGGAAAGCAGAUGUCAUUAAGGCAGCUCACCUAUGUGCUGAAGCUGCCCUUCGCUUAGUCAAACCUGGAAACCAGAACACACAAGUGACAGAAGCCUGGAACAAAGUUGCCCACUCAUUUAAUUGCACACCAAUAGAAGGUAUGCUGUCACAUCAGUUGAAGCAGCAUGUCAUCGAUGGAGAGAAGACCAUUAUCCAGAAUCCCACAGACCAGCAAAAGAAGGACCAUGAAAAGGCUGAAUUUGAGGUACAUGAAGUAUACGCUGUGGAUGUUCUUGUCAGCUCAGGAGAGGGCAAGGCCAAGGAUGCAGGGCAGAGAACCACCAUUUACAAACGAGACCCCUCCAAACAAUACGGCCUGAAAAUGAAAACUUCGCGUGCCUUUUUCAGUGAGGUGGAGAGGCGUUUCGACGCUAUGCCCUUCACUCUAAGAGCUUUCGAGGACGAGAAGAAGGCGCGGAUGGGGGUGGUGGAGUGCGCCAAACACGAGCUGCUGCAGCCGUUUAAUGUUCUCUAUGAGAAGGAAGGUGAGUUUGUUGCCCAGUUUAAAUUUACAGUCCUGCUCAUGCCCAACGGCCCCAUGCGGAUAACCAGUGGUCCCUUCAAGCCCGACCUCUACAAGUCGGAGAUGGAGGUCCAGGACGCGGAGCUGAAGGCCCUCCUCCAGAGUUCUGCAAGUCGGAAAACCCAGAAAAAGAAGAAAAAGAAGGCCUCCAAGACCGCAGAGAACGCCACCAGCGGGGAGACGCUAGAGGAGAACGGAGCGGGGGACUGAGGCGGCCGCCCGCUCCCGCCCCGCCUCGCCCCCCACCGCCCCGGGCUCUGAAGUGCAGUUUGACCUCUCCACCGGACGCCCGGCCCGCCCACUCCCCCACACCGACGGCCGGGCCGGCUGCCUGCUCUUGGGAGGCCGGGCUUCCCAGCCGCCGGAGACUACUUUAAAUAGAAAAAGAAAUUGAAGAGUAGAAUCAGGAGUCCAAACCCAUCGUCUCCAAGCCCCUCUUUCUAGCCUUUUCUACUGUUUUGCUCGGUCAAAGUUUGUGGCCCGACAGCAGCGAUUAGCCGCCGCCACUAAAAACUCAGCUGAAAUUCUUUUAUACUCUGACGUCAGCGUUUCUCAUCGAUUGUUUGGGGCUUUUCCUCCUCUCGGUUCACACUCUUCCCGAAUAUCUUAUCCACCCUCAGAAUUCCGAGGAGCUGUUCUGCAAAUGGUUUUUAUCCCAGUGGCAGAUUCCAGUCUGAUCCAGGCUGCCUAGCCAGGCCCUUCCCGUUUUUUAGGAGCUGAAGUCUCCAUCUAUGAAGAGGUUGUCAUCUAUCAACUGGAUCUUCACUUCUGAAUCUUUUUUAGGCAUUUUUUUCUGCAGGGUCUUCUUUCCUCUCCCCAUUUUCACAAAGCUGUAAGGAAGUAACCCAUCUCGACUGUGCCCUGUUCUCUGGAGUCAGGGGGACCUCCUCUCACUCCAGCUUACACAAAUCUGAGCGGAAGGUCAACUGAUUUUUGUUCCCUGUUUGAGAUACUUUGACUUCCCUUCCUUGAAAGCAAAACCAGGAACCUGAGGAGUAGACUGACUUGAAGAGACAACUAAUUUUCUGAAGCUGUGGACUUGGAUUGGAUGAAUUGCUGGGGGUUUGCAGGGAAAAGUGACACACUUUAGUACCUCUGGCAUGCUGUCCCAGGGAACUAGGGCUCCCACUGAUUCACAAGGUUUUUAAACACAUUGAAAAAUGACAUGGAGUUAAAAAAUAAAUUUUGAUUUGCUCAUAAUA